AUGGCCCUUGCCGGCAUCAAUGAUUGUGAGUUCACUCGAACUAUGAUCAAUUAUGAAAUUGGAUUUCAGAAGGGGGCUGAAGCCCACCUCCCAAUCCUUACUUCGAGGGAAGGGAUCUUGAUGAGUAUGGAUGACAUGGACACUUCGCAAGUGUGGAGCUUCAAGUACAGGUUUUGGCCAAACAACAAGAGUCGGAUGUAUGUCCUAGAGAACACUGGAGAGUUUGUUAAAUCGCAUGGCUUACGACUUGGAGACUUCAUCAUGUUAUACAGAGAUGACCACAAACAGAAAUAUAUUAUUCGAGCAAAGAAGACUUUAGACCGGGAGGCACCUCCUGCUUCUUCAAAGAAUGGCUUAUUCAAUGCUAACACUGCCGAUGAUCAGCUGGUGCCCAACAUGGGGGUAAGCAAAUCAAGCUACUUCCAUGUAAAUCUUCCAGUUACAGAUGAGAUGUGCAUGGGGUUCCUCCUCAACGAUGCCUUCUCAUCGGAAUUUCUAAUAGAUCUUUGGAACGGAAGGCUUCAGUCCACGACCAGCUUUGGGUCUGUCGAGAACUUGUCUCUUGAUGACUUCCCAUGAAGCCAGCCUUUCUUCCAUAAUCUUUAAAAACACUUGCUGAACAUAUUACCUUCUUAUUUUGUAACUUCUCUUUCAAGGGGACCUUUUAAGUCACUGAAACAUUCCAUGUCUGUUUAUAUCUGUGGGAUUUGAUGGAUUAUAGAAAUGAUGGUACGAGUAGAAAUUGAAACA